AUGACUUCCUCUUUGAACUGUGGAGCGGGGCAUCCGCAGCCACCGAACAGCAGCAAGGACCGCAGCAGCAGCAGCAGCAGCAGCAGCAGUGCGUUUCAGGAACCCUCAAUAUGCGUUGAAGCGCCGCCUCUGCUCCGCCAGAUUAUCCAACGCCAAGAGCAACAGCAGCAGCAGCAGCAGCAGCAGCAGCAGCAAGAGGAGCCGCUGCUGCUGCAGCUGCCUGGCUCCUGGGCUUCCGGUGUCUCCUUUGGUGUUGAAGUCCUACACUGGCUGAGCUUGCCGCAGCAGCUGCAGCAGCUUCAGCAGCGCGCAGCAGCAGCAGCAGCAGCAGCGCCUGGAGCAGCAGCAGCAGCAGACGCAGCAGCAGACAAGGGUGAAGCAGCUGCUGCAGCAGCAGAUGCAGCAGCAGCAGAAAUCGCCGAUGUAUAUACCGUAAGAGGAGAGGCAGCCGCUUGCCUCCAGCGCAGCAGCAGCAGCAGCAGCAGCAGCAGCAGCGGCAAGGACAGCGCAACUGUUUAUAAGUGUUGCUGCUGCUGCCGCUGUCACUCAACCGGCAAAAAGAAAUCUCGCAGCAGCUGCGGCUGCUGGGCUGUGCAGCAGCAGCAGCAGCAGCAGCAGCAGACGAAGCAUGGCGCGUUAGCAACAGCUAGCUGGUCGCCAGUUGCUGCAGCAGCAGCAGAAGCCGCCGCAGCAGCAGAAGCAGCAGCAGCAGCAGGAAGAGGGCGAUUCAAGGACGCCCGGCAGCAGCAUGAGGAGCAGCUGCAGGAGCUGCUGCUGCAGCAGCAGCAAGACAGAAACCUAUGGGCUCCUCCUGUUGCUGCUUUUGGCGACCGCUGGGAGUUUACAGCAAAUCCGCAGGCUGUACAGACAGCUUGCUGCUGCGCUGCUGCUGCUGCUGCUGCUGAUGCUGCAGCAGGCCCGGAAAACAGUAGCAGCAGCAGCAGCAGAAGCAGCAGCAAGUGCGAGCUGCACUGCGUGCGUCAGGUGAAUAUGCUGUGUGCGUCGCUGCCGGAAUCUGCAGCAGAGGGGGGGCGAGGUGCUGCUGCUGCUGCUGCUCCUGCUGCCGCUGCUGCUGCUUCAAGCUUCUGCCUGCCAGCAGCAGCAGCAGAAGCAGAAGCAGCAGCAGCACCAACAGCAGGCUGCGCCUCCCCCUUAUCCCCCGACCCUGAAGCAGCAGAAAGUAUGCUUAGAAACUGGGAGCAGCGGUACUUCCGCAGACAAGAAGCAAACCUCAAACAGCAGCAGCAGCAGCAGCAGCAGCAGCAGCAGCAGCAGCAGAAGCGCCCACUGCCGCCGCUGCCUUUGUCUCAUGCUGGCAUUUUGAGUUUUCUUCCGCCGCUCUGCAACUGCGGCAAUAAAAAUAUAUACCAGCUGUGGCUGCAGCAGCAGCAGCAGCAGCAGCAGCAGCAGCAGGAGAAGCAGCAGCAGCAACAGGAGAAGCAGCAGCAGCAGCAGGAGAAGCAGCAGCAGCAACAGGAGAAGCAGCAGCAGCAGCAGACGGUCGGGGGCUCGGAGGCUGGCGCUGGUGUUGCUUCUCUUGCUGCAGCACCAAAAGCUGCAGCAGCAGCAGCAGCAACAGCAGCUGCUGCUGAUGGUGCUGAAAGCAGCAGCAGCAGCAGCAGCAGCAGCAGCAGCUCUUGCGACGCGGAGAUCGCACAAAGCGGCAUCAACAGCAGCAGCACCACCACCAGCACCAGCAACAGCAGCAGCAGCAGCAGCAGCAGCAGCAGCAGGUUGCUGCCCCGAGUGUGUCCUCAGCGUGGGUGUGAGGGUUUAUUAUAUAUUCCUUCUUCUUUAAUUGAGGUGCCUCUAGUUAGAGGCAGAGAGACGCUGCAGUGUUUAGCAGCAGAAAUGGCUAGCAGCAGCAGCAGCAGCAGCAGCAGCUGCAGCACCAUGGAUAUCUAUUUAGGAGCGCUGCGCAGCACUGCUGUUAUUGUCUGCUGCAGCAAGCAGCAAGAGGCUUGCUGCUGGGAGAUAUUAGGAAGUCUAGGCCUUAGAGCAGCAGCAGCUGUCUUUGAUGUUGUAUGCGAGCCCUUUAAUCCAUUUAGUUCUGCUGCUGCUGCUGCUGCUGCUGCUGGGGCGACGGCGGCUGCGGAAGGGGAGGGGGAGGCUGGUGGAGAAGCUGCAGCAGCAAGUGCUGCUGCUGCUAAUGCUGCUGCUGCUGCUGCAGCAGGAAAGGAAGACGCCAUGCUGCAGGAACUGCUGCAGAAGCUGCAGCAGCAGGAGGAUCAGCAGCAGCAGCAACAGCAGCAGCAGCAGCAGCAGCGCAGCGGCAGCAGCAGCAGCACGUGCAGCAACAGCGGGACCAACAGCAGCAACAGCAGCCUCGUCAGCGGCACCAGCAGCAAAGGCAGCAGCAAGAGCAGCAGCAGCAGCAGCAACAACAACAACAACAAAGGCAUCCCUUUCUCUAAUAAGAGGCGUCCAUACACCGUAAAGCUGCGCGGCGUAGGAACCAUCAAGCGGCAACGGCGCAGCAGCCAGCAGCAGCAGCAGCAGCAGCAGCAGCAGCAGCAAGAUGAGGCUAGCUGCUGCAGCAGCGGUUACUCUACCAGCUCCGACUCAGAGGAGGAAACAAACCCCGGGCUGGCGCUGCUGGAAGCUGCUGCUGCUGCUUUAGGCCUUCUAGACAACAACCAGCAGCAGCAGCAGCAGGUGCAGCAGCAGCAGCAGCAGGUGCAGCAGCAGCAGCAGCAGAACCGCGUGAAGCGAGCGCUGCAGCAGCCACUUACGGAAGAGAUGGUGCUGCAAUUGGCGCAGGAUCUAUUUGAAUCCAGCAGCAGCAGCAGCAGCACGAGCAGCAGCAGCAGCAGCAGCAGUGGCAGCAGCAGCACGAGCGCCAUCAGCAGCAGCAGCAGCAGCAGCAGCAGCAGCAGCAAGGAGUCCUUGGUGCCUGCAAGCAGCAGCGAGACCCCCAGCAGCAGUUUGUCGCUGCUAACAGACGACCCGUUGAUAGAAAAAUAUAAACAGACGUUAGGAAUUGUUUGGGGUGCAGCAGAAGAAGAAGAGCUGCAGCGCUUGCUGCACCUCCAGCAGCAGCAGCAGCAGCAGCAGCAGCAGCAGCAGAAGCAGCAGCAGCAGCAGCUGAUGCAAAGGGAGGGACAGCAGCAGAGAGUAAAACAGCCAGGAUAG